CAGCUCUAAUUGGUUGAGAAAGCAGCAGAAAAAGGCUAUAAAAAAUCGUAAAACUACGAAAACGUACAAGUGCGGGGCAACUGAGGAAGCUGUUGCACAAACACACACUCACUCACAUACACGCCGUACCGCGAGCCGCACGCCACGCCCACCCGCGCCCGCCCCCAACUCCAGUCGAGCGGGACAGCAGGAAAAAAGAAGCGCCCAGCAAGCGAAAUAGGAAAAUUCCAGCCGAUCGAAACGAACGCCCGCGACCGCCAAAGGAAGCGCCGCCCACGCCGUCAGUUUUUGGAUUAGCAUCGAUCUUCUAGCAACCUGGUAAACGCGCCUCAAACAAGCCGUCGCAGCCCCGUAGUCAGCGCCACAAACUCCGCAACAUGGACGUGUUCCUCAUGAUCAGGCGGCAGAAGACCACCAUCUUCACGGACGCCAAGGAAAACACAACGGUGGCCGAGCUGAAACGAAUGAUUGAGGGCAUACUAAAGGUGCAGCCGGUGGACCAGCGGUUAUACAAUCAGGACAACGACGUCAUGGACGACGAGAGCACGUUGCAGGACUACGGCGUGACGGUGUCCACGGCCAAGGCGCAGGCUCCGGCGCAGCUGGGCUUGACAUUCAGGAACGAACUGGGCGACUUUGAGACACUGGAUAUGACGCCCUACUCGGCACCACCAGACUUACCCGAAGUGAUGAAAAACCAAGAGGCCUCGAACGGACAGGAGCAGGUUGCAUAAAGCAGCAGCAGCAGUCAGUCAGUCAAUCACCCCUACGAGAACAACAAAACAGCAGCAAACACAUCAUCAAAAGCAGCAGCAGCAGCAGCUGCAACAAAACGAGACAAACUAAAUUCGCUAAAUCCAGAGACUCUUAACUACUGUCGCUCGCUUUGUCCCCCGCAAACGAAACGUACGAAAAUCCGGACGGAAAAGGGAGAUCUGUCUGCGAUUCGCAAACUCCCUGCCUGGUCAAAAAGCAACAACUGCAGUCGCAGCCGCAAUAGCUAAAUAUGCAUUUUUCGUUGUUUAUAGCAAGGAACAAUUCACUACGGUUCCAACACAAAAUUGUACUUUGGAAUGGGAUUUAUAAUAUUCGGCUUUAACUUUACACACCCAACCCCCCACUUGUUUUGUUUCUUUUUAAUGGAAUUUAUACGAAUUUGUUGAGAAAAUACACAAAGUCAUAAAAAGUAAA